CCCACUCCACUCCCUCUCCCCCUUAUGCUCUCCCACACCAGCAUUUUUGUUGCCUUAGCCAGCAGCCAAAGAGAUCAUCAAGGGAACCAUUUUUUUUUUUGGACAAAAGAUAGCCUGAGAAAGUGAUAGCAAUCCCCUUCUUCUCUGUCUCUGAACCCAGUGUCAGUUUCCUGCUUCUGGGUGUUUUGAGUUUGUUGAUUAAGAUCGAAAUUUUCAAGAAAAGAAAGGAAGGAUAAUAUCAGCAUGGGGAGGGGUAGGGUUCAGCUGAAGAGAAUAGAGAACAAGAUCAACAGGCAAGUGACUUUUUCAAAGAGAAGGUCGGGUUUGUUGAAGAAAGCCCAUGAGAUCUCUGUCCUUUGUGAUGCUGAGGUUGCUGUGAUUAUCUUCUCAACAAAAGGGAAGCUCUUUGAAUACUCUACCGAUUCUUGCAUGGAGAGGAUCCUUGAACGGUACGAAAGAUAUUCUUAUGCAGAGAGGCAACUUGCUGCAAAUGAAAUUGAUGAAAAUGGAAGCUGGACUCUGGAACAUGCAAAACUUAAAGCCAGAAUGGAAGUUUUACAAAGAAACGAAAGGCAUUAUAUGGGAGAAGAUCUGGAGAAUUCGAGUCUUAGAGAGCUUCAAAAUUUGGAGCAACAACUUGAUUCUGCCCUCAAACAUAUACGGUCAAGAAAGAAUCAGCUCAUGUUUGAAUCAAUUUCUGAGCUUCAGAAAAAGGAUAAGGCAUUGCAAGAGCAGAAUAACAUACUGGCAAAGAAGGUGAAGGAAAAGGAGAAGGCGGCUGCCCAGCAGGCACUAUGGGAGCAGCAAAACCAAUGCCAAGGCUCAUCCUCCAUGCUUCUGCCACAGCCAGUGCAGACCUUCGACAUCAGUGGCACCUAUGAAGCAAGGAGCAGUGCUGGAAGAGAGGAGGAAAGUAAUCCAGCACAACAUGGUGUCGCCAAUGCGCUGUUGCCACCUUGGAUGAUUCGCCAUUUUGAAUAA